UUGCAGGGCACCGCAAAUCUUAGAGAGCACAUUGUCAACGCACAAAAAGAAAGAGAAGUCUACAACAAAUGCAUUGCAAAUGCUAAAGGUCUGUUUGAGACAGGGGACAUGCGACAUUCUCAUAUUACCUUUGAUUUCAGCCAGAAUUUAUCGCUACCACACCAUUCAAGACAGAUGGGGCCAACUUAUUUUAUGACAUUGCGCAAAGUGCAAUUGUUUGGUGUACGCAAUGACGGAACAUCAACACAAUACAACUUCCUUGUAGACGAGAAUGAGACUAUUGGCCCUGAUGGUACUCAAACUCACGGACCUAACGCUGUUAUCAGUAUGGUGGACUGGGUGAUAGAAAGGGACCAUGCGGAGGGACCAACAAUUUCACUACAUGCCGAUAAUUGCCCAGGACAGAAUAAAAACUACUAUAUGCUGGGAUAUCUAAUGUGGCGUGUUCUGUCUGGACGUCAGGAGAAGAUAGAGUAUAUGAUGCAGAUACCUGGUCACGCUCGCUGCCAUGUUGAUGCUGGCUUUGCCCGCAUAAAACAACUUUACCGCAGGACAGACACGGAUGCGCUUGGCCAACUUACGGAAGUUGUAACUCAAUCAUCAUCUACAAGCCAGUGUAUCCGUUACCCUACAUGGACAUGGCGAGACUGGAAAGGAUUUCUGAAAACGCACUUCAAACCGCUCCAAGGCAUCAGAAAGUAUCAAUAUUUUCGUAUGAGCCGAGAUCAUCCUGGAAUGGUGGUGGUUAAAGAGAGCUGCGAUAAAGCCGAGGAGACGUUCUCCAUCAUGAAAUCAAACAACUUUCAGUUUGAACGGGGACACUUGCCACAAGUACUGCAACCAGGUGGAAUGUCUGCUGCACGACGCAGAUAUCUUUACAGCACAGUUCGGCCCUAUGUGCGACCUAUAUUUCAAGAUGAAACAUGUCCAGGAGAGCCUUAGACAAGUUUUAAUUA